AUGAGCUGUGAUGCUAAUAUUAGAAAACAUCAGUGGAAAGUCUUGACUGUGAGACAACAAUUGUGGGGUGAUAAAUGGCUAUUAGCAGGUGAUUUCAAUGACAUUCUGUCUAAUGAAGAGAAGUGGGGAGGGAGAGCAAGGGAUGAUAGAAGUUUCAAGGAUUUUAACAGUUUUAUUGAGCAUAACAGCCUUGUGGACCUAGGAUUUACUGACCAUAGCAUGCUGCUUAUAGACAAUUGGCCUAGAGUAGAAAAACGAAAGUCAAGAUUUUUCUUUAAUAAGAUAUGGCUCAAAAGGGAAGACAUUAAUCAAGUGGUUGAGCAAGCUUGGAAACAACCAGUUGAAGGAAAUAGUAUGUAUAGGAUUACAAGACAGGUUGCUAAUUGCAGAGUGGCUCUACUCAAAUGGAAAAACAACUUCACAGGAAACUCUUUGCUAAGAAUCAUUCAGGUGAAGCUUCAGAUUAAGGAGAUCAAGGACUCUAAGGACUCAGGAGGUAAGGAUAAGAUUGUAGAUUUGAAGAAACAAUUGAAAGAGGCUUACUCUAAAGAAGAGCAGUAUUGGGCUCAGAAAGCAAGGAUUGAUUGGCUGAGAGAAGGGGAUAAGAACACCAAAUUUUUUCAUGCUUGUGUGAAGGGAAGAAGAAGGAAAAACAGAAUGCUUAACAUUCAAAAGGAGGAUGGGACUUGGACAAAAAGUGAGGAGGAGUUUGGAAAGGAAGUAGCUGACUACUAUAGAGUCCUUUUCUCUAGCUCUGGGAGUGAGGGUAUAGCAGAGAUUCUUUAUGGUAUACCCCCUACUAUCACUACUGAGAUGAAUGCAACGUUAACUAGAGAGGUAGAUGGGAUGAAAAUUAAAUCAGCUCUUUUUUCCAUGAAUCCUAAUAAGGCACCAGGUCAAGAUGGGUUCUCCAAUUUAUUGAAGCAGGCUGAGGGAGAUAAAAGGAUCUCAGGGAUGAAGAUAAGAAGGAUUGGACCAAGCAUGACUCAUUUAUUUUUUACUGAUGAUUCAUUGAUGUUCUGUAAAGCUGAAAGAGAGAAAGCCAGGGAACUCAUUCAAAUUUUGAGGAAGUAUGAGAAGGGGUCUGGUCAAUCUAUCAACCUGGAAAAGUCCUCAGUGUUCUUCAGUAGCAAUGUGAGUCAUCAGAGGAAAGGGGAAGUGACACAAAGCCUAGGCACAAUUCAGGUGACUACUCAAGGAAAAUAUCUGGGGCUCCCUAUGGUGAUAACAAGAUCUAAGCAGCAAGUAUUUGGCUACAUUAAGGGCAGUAUCAGUAGAAGAAUGAAUAGCUGGAAGAACAAGUUGCUCAGCCAAGGAGGGAAAGAAGUAUUAUUGAAGGCAGUUUCCAUGGCAAUGCCAGGGAGAUUGGCUAAAGAGAAAAAAGAGGAAGGUUUGGGAUUCAAGGAUUUGCAGAACCUCAACAAAGCCUUGCUGGCUAAACAGAAUUGCAACAUCAGAAGAGUAGAUGUGCUGAUCGGUGGGUUUAGAUGGAGAAAACCAUUGGUACUUAGAGCCUUCAACAGGAAGGAUGCUAACGAAAUCCUAGAUAUUCCUAUAAGUAUCUCAGGAAGGGAAGACAAUAAUUACUGGUUACAUAGUGGCAAUGGCAUCUAUAUGGUCAAUUCUGGAUACAAGGCAUUGAGUAGAGAAACAACUCAACAUAGAGGAAAAAAAGCUGAUGAGGCAGAAACGAGCUUAGCAAACUCCAAUGGAAAGCAAUGGAAGUGGUUGUGGAAGCUGAAAGUCAAAAGCAAGAUAAAACCUUCAUUUGGAGGAGUCUAA